AUGAGGCUUUUUCUCAUCCGACAUGCAGAAACAGUGCAUAACGUAGCCCAAGCAUGGGCGGGCACCACAGACUCAGCCCUGACAAACCACGGCACACUCCAGAUAGAAUGUCUUGGGAAGCAUUUCGCCUCCAAUUCGAUUCAUUUCAAUCGAGUCUUCGCAUCGGAUCUGAGCCGAGCCAGCCUCACCGCUACAGGCAUUUGCCUUCAUCAACCGCAAGAUCAUGAUAUACCCAUGACACCAACAUUAACAGCGAACUUAAAGGAACGAGACUUCGGUUCAUUAGAAGGCAUUCGUAUUCAGUCUGCAAACUCCAGACCUGAACUGGGAAGUGCGCAUUCUACGAAUGCCCAGUCUGAUGGCUCUACGCAUAUCGAAAGCGAGACAGUGAUCUCAAUGAGACAACGAGCAACAUCCUUUCUGAAUGAGCACUUCUUACCACUACUGUUCGACUACUCAGAUACCGACUCAAACAUCGCCGUCGUCUCACAUGGAGUAUUCCUACGUGUUAUGUGGAAUCGACUUGUUGACCUAUUCGACCCCAUGGAUAUAUCUCUGGCGACCGGCGACGCCUCUCGGGAUCGUGGCCCAGCAGCUCUAUUCUCGCCAAGCUGGUCCAACACAGGAUAUAUGACAUUACUCAUCCAGCCAGCCCAGGAAUCGCAAGAGGGAAUUACAUCCAGUUCCAGGACCGAUGCUCUCCUGAAUGGCUGGGCCAUGAAGAUCGUUGCUGUUGAUAAUAAAGAGCAUCUAGCCGGUCUACAUCGGACCCGUGGAGGCAUUGGCAGUGCUGUGAAUGACUCGCGCCAAAAAAGAAUAGAUCAUUUUUUCAAGCGGUAA